CAACGACGCGCGGUGCCGUUACUUCUCCAAUUUCUUAAUUGACCGGUGAGCACACACCAGCCAUUUCCUCCCCCAACUGCAAACCUCCUCCACAGCGUUAGGCAGCUCAUCCUCGACCUUCAAAGCACCUUGCUAAGCCAUGGCUGCCAAAAUCACCGCAUGCUUUACUUUCCUGAAGGAAGCUCUGAUCCUCCCCACGCUAAACCCCAAGCUCUUCGCGCCCGUGCUCGUCCUCUUUGCCGUCACCGCCUUCCUUGACCCCUUGGUCCAUGUCGUGUUCGUCCACCCUCUCGCCGAUGGCAUGGCCAGCCGUCUCAGCGAGAUCAACAGCACCGACCCCUCGAGCGCCGAGUACGCCAAGCUCAUCGAGAAGCUCACGGAGACGGAGGAGAUGAAGCAGGUUGGUAAGAGGAUGGUCCGCAUCACCAUCGCCAAGUUUACCGUCGGUCCGGCGCUCGGCCUCGUCAAGCAGAUCCUCGCCCUCUUCGCGGCCUCCACGACCUACUCCGGCGACCGCUACUCCCUGGCGGGCCUCCUGCGCGAGCUGGUCACCCGGAGGAUCAGCCUGAAGGGCCCUUCCAUUACCAUCGCCGUCGUUGGCGCGCUUGACUUCACAGGGGCAGUCCUGGCCGCGCUGAUGGGCGGCCGUUCGGGGGUGCUCUCCGUCCAGGGUCUCGUCUCCCUCAUCGCGCACCUUGCCUCCCUCUGCCUCACCGUCAUCGCGCUGGUGGGCGUCGCAGCAUCGGUGGCCGACAGCAGGAAGUGCCGCGGCGUGCGCGCGCUCCGGCAGGCGUGGCGGCUCGUGACGCGGGUGAGGCGGAAGGAGGGCCUCGUGCUGGUGCUCGUGGCAUACCUCGGGCCUACAGUUGUGGCUCCGUUGCACAGGUUCGCUCUUGGGUAUGCCAAGAGGAGCAUGGCGGCGUGCUUGUGCUUGAUGGCCGUGUAUGCUCUUCUGUCUGGCGCGCAGCAGCUAUUCUCCUUGGCGGCGGCCACGGUGUACUACUACCAAGCCAUGGAGAGCAAGGAGGUCAUCGAUGACUUGUGGUUAUGCUAAGAUUAGAUUCCUACCAGGGAAGGAAAUGCACGACUCCUGCUAGCACUAGAGACAUGAGUUGGUUUCUCGUGUGAUAAUAGAAUAUAUGUGGGAUUAUAUUUGCACUCUUGCUAUGUCUCGGUCGAGUCUCAGUCGAUGCUAUAUCCGUAUGA